CAACACAAAGAGAGAAGUAUCACCACUGAGCACUGGAAGCACUUGAAGACACAGACACAGCAUCCAGCCAAGUAUUUAGUUUGUAGAUUGUCCUUAACAGCAAGCCGUAACGUCUCUGACAUAAGAGUUGUGCACAGUGUGAUGGAAUACACAACUGCACCGGGCGACCUGGAGAUGGGUCCUACGGAGAGGACCGUUGUUUUGGUGGAAAAGAAGUCAUCUACAGAGUGGAUAUGGAAGGUGUUCGGUGUUCUUCUCAUUGCGGCCCUUUGUGUAGGAGGCAUCCUGCUGUUUGCUUGGUACUGGAAUGGCCGAGAAAUGACGACACAAUUAGGCCGAACAGAAACAUUAAUCAAGAACGACUCUGCUGAGGAAACAGAUCCCCACUACACGCUGAAGCGAAUCAGCAGCAAAGCCAAGGCAGCCAUCCAUUUAGAAGGUAGCUACGAAGACGAGAGCUUGGAAAAACAACUGGAAUGGAAGGAUGGUCAAGGCCAGGCAUUCGCUCAGGGCGGCUUCCAGCUGGUAAACAACCAGAUUGUUAUCCCACGAACUGGCCUUUACUUCGUCUACAGCCAGGCGUCGUUCAGAGUCUCCUGCAGUGAUGGCAACGAGGAGGGAGCAGGAAGACACUUCACACCUCUCAGCCACAGGAUCUGGCGGUUCUCAGACUCCGUUGGCAGGAAGGUAUCUCUGAUGAGUGCGGUGAGGUCGGCGUGCCAAACCACUGCUCAGGAGGGCAGCUACAGAGAUGGACAGGGCUGGUACAACGCCAUUUACCUGGGUGCAGUGUUUCAGCUGUAUAGAGGAGACAAGCUGUGGACAGAAACCAACCAGCUAUCAGAGCUAGAGACUGAUGCAGGCAAGACUUUCUUUGGUGUGUUUGCACUUUGAAAAGACUGUUGUGAUAUUGAUAGAGAAGAGCUAUGCACAGUGCCAUGAGGAUUGGCUAUUUUUAACAAUUUUUUUUUUUUUUUUUUUUUUUUUAGUAUUAUGUAAUUUUUAUUACUAUUCAUCUUCAUGGUGAUAUAGAAAUGUUGAAAUCUCAAUGGAGAUAAAACUUGUGCUGAUUUUUUAAAAUCCUAUGAACUGUAACAGUUUGAAACAUUAUUUCUAUUUUAGGCACUUUUGUACAUUAUUUAUGCUGACCUGAGAUUGUAGUAGGCUACAUGUUCUCUGCUGUACCGGAUGACGACACAGCUCUUCACUGCAGAGUUAAGGUUCAAGGAUCAUGAGGAUUGUGUACGUACUUGUUAUCAUCCCAUACUAUUGCAGUCUUUAUAUAUUUAUUUGUAUUUAUUUAUAUUUAAAAUGUUGGGGUUAGGUUUCAAAGAUUAUAUUUAUGU